CUUGCCUUACUCCUCAGUGAAAGGCACCCUGCCUGCAAUAUCAGUAAAGACCCCAGCAGAGGUUCGCAUUAGUGGAUCAGAAACAGACUUCUCUGAUUAUGAGGGAGGAGGAGAAAAGGAGUCCACUCUCACAGCACGUGUUCGGCAGUGUUCACUCCAAGCCAUAAACUCAGUUAUUGAUAAAAUUGGAAAACAACAUAAGUUCAGCUACUGGCCACCCCUAAUGUGCCAGAAUCCAUCACUGAUGACAAGUGUUUUGAAGGAUCCAUCACCAUCAGUGAGAAUGGCUUCGCUGCAAGUCAUAAAUACUUUCCUUCUUGAUUCUUCACAAGUUCUUACACUUGCUGUGGAUGAUGAAGGUAAAGGUUCUUAUGCCACUCUUGGUCACCAACUAGGAACAAGCAUCAGGGAGCUGCAUCGCUGUCUAUCAUUAGCCCUUCUAUCUGAAAGUUUCCAGGUGCUCUCGUGAGAACUUUAAAAACCAUUGAACUGCUAGUUGAAAAUGUUAACUACUCAAAGCUGAAACCAGGAAUGUUGACAAAAGUUGUUACUCAUGUCAAAUACUUCAUGAGAUAUAAAGAGGCUGUAGUUCGAGCCAAUGCUUUUUCAGUGAUGGUGAGUGUGCUCAUGAUCAAGCCACAAGUGCCUGAACUACAAGACAUCCUUUUGCGCUUCAAGACUCCUGCUCCGGCAACAUUAGUCUCCCCUCCUGAAGUCACACCUCCAUCACUCUUGGAAGAGGAACUUCCAGGGGAGGAAGAGGAGCUGGUCGAUGAUGAGAAUGAGGAGGCAGAAUCUAAACUGGAAAAGAAAAUGGCAAUGAUGAAUUGGCUAAGUGAAGAUGAAAGGGGAAAAAGUAAGUGAAGACAAAGAUCAGGGGAAGUCCAUGGUGUCUUGGCUCAUUCAACGAUGCAUGGAUUCCCUCCUCACACCUGAUCAUGAGGCAGUGAGGGGCAUAUACAUACAAGUUCAACUGCAGUCACUAAAGGUGUUAAGUGCUUUAGUAAGUGAACACUUGAACAUCAUCCAUCAAAGUCUGCCAUUGAUCCAGCAUGUUAUAUCUGUGUGUAGCAAAGCCUUGAGAGAACCUGCUGAAACUAAACCUGAGAGAUGGACAGUUGAAUGCUCAAAUAAGUUUGAAGUUAAUGAUGUCAUUGAUCCAACAUUGAUGUCACCAGAU